AUACUUGCUACGGUGAAUGGAUAGCCCGCACAUCCUUGAACCUGGAGGUUGAAGUGAAUCUUGGCCUUAUCCUCUCCUGCCGAGAAACCUGCUAUGAAGCAGUUUCUGUCUUCUACAGCAACAAUACCUUUCUUCUCGCUGGAGUGGAAGGCCCCGGCUUGAUACCGUGCUAUUAUUCCGUAUCCAGCUCCUUUUGCUAAGCUGCAGGCUCCUAAGCUAGUUUGCUUUGGAAGAUUGUUAUCGACAUGGUGGAACUGCCCGAUUGCCAUCACGAUAGAUCGGUUGACCCAAGCGCAGACGUCCAGUUCAGAGGCUGGUACGAUUUGAAACCCUUGGCUAUAAUACUCGAGAGCAUGUGGAAUGCUAAAAUGGACGCCGACAUUUCCUUUACAAUGCCCGAAGAUCCGGGCCGAGCUUUCGAUGCGCCGUUGAUGAGCGCGACAACCAAGUCUUUAGUUGAGAACGGAUUGAAAAUCAAACAUUACAGGCGUCUUCAGCACGAAGUCUACAUAAUCAAUGACUGCUUGACUGGCCUCAUCGUAUGGCACACAUCGUCAACGCUGAGACAUUGGAACGGCGGAUCGGGGCACAAUUAUCUCCGUUUCUCGGUUGAGCAGGACGGUAAAGUCCUGCGUCCUCUUCCACCACCAGACAACUGUAAUCUCCUCGGAUUUGCCGAAGACGCUGCGCAAUCGAAUUAUCAAAGAUAAUGUGUGCCCGGGGAACAUACACAUCGAUCUUGAUACCGGAGCGGUUGUCCGGUUCAGUCUUGCGUGCGUCAGUCGAGGCAUGUUUCGCGAAGGGAAGCGCAAGACCGUAGUUGGGAACAGUUUCAUCUUGUCAAUAUCGACGAGUCAGGCGCGCAGUACGUUCUCUAAUUUCGAGAGCUUGAGGCGUUUGAUGCGUACCACUUUCCAUCCUAUCAGUCCAGACCACACUCAUGAACGUGAU